AAUGAAGUUGUCGGGGAAAGUUCCUCUCCUUCAACUUGACCACAUUCACAUUGGAAGGUAGUAGGUAGGAAGAAAAGCAUGGGGAUUGAUAUAACAAGAGUCCAUUGUCAUACCAUAUUGCACAUUCCAAUUCUUUGAGAGGCUCUUUUCUUUAGGUUACCAUGCUUUAAUUCUUCUAUGGCCAAUCAACUGGUCGCUUCUUCUUCCUUCCCUCCUUCAUGGAAAUAUGAUGUGUUUUUGAGUUUUAGAGGAGAAGAUACACGCACUAAUUUUACAGAUCAUUUAUACAAUGCUUUGGUUAAUAAGAGAAUCAAGACCUUCAUUGAUCGUGAACUUAGAAGAGGAGAAGAAAUAGCACCAGCACUCCUCAAAGCAAUUGAAGAAUCAAGAAUUUCUCUUGUCAUAUUCUCUCAAACCUAUGCAUCUUCAUCGUGGUGCUUGGAAGAGCUCGUUAGGAUUCUUCAAUGUAAAGAUUCAAAGCAACAAAUAGUUUUGCCAGUCUUUUACAAGGUGGAACCGUCCCAUGUGCGAAAGCAAGAGAGUAGUUUCGGUAAAGCGUUUACAGAACUUGUGAGCAAAUCCGGCAACAACAACGAGAAGGUGCCUGUGUGGAAGAGUGCUCUUACAGAAGUAGCAAAUUUGUCAGGAUUUCCUGUCAAGGAGGGAGACUACGAAACUACAAUUAUCAACGACAUUGUUAAUGAUAUCUUAGUUCGAGUACCUGAUGGCACAUAUGUGAAAGGUUCUCAUCAGCGUAAGAAAAGUAUAGAUCGUUUGCAAACUACUUUGGAUAGUUACGAUUCUUAUAAAGGAGAACCUUUCAGAGAUAUUCAAAGAGUACUUCAAAAAAGUUAUGAUGCCUGGGAUGAUGUCGUGCAACAAGUUAGUUUGGAUAUGUCACACAAGGGCAUGAGACAAUUGAAGGGGUUUAAGAAUUCGGCAGAGUUUACAUCUAUGAAUUUCAGAGGCUGCGAAUUCUUACAAAAAAUUCCCGACUUAUCUGGAAGCCCAAAUCUAAAGCACUUGGUUCUAAGUGAUUGUAAAAGUUUGGUUGACGUGGAUGAUUCUAUUGGAUACCUUGAUAAACUUGUUUACUUGAAUCUUAAUGGGUGCUCUAAGCUGAAGAGGUUUGUAACAAGACUUGGAUUGAGAUCCCUUGAAUGCCUUUAUCUAAAAGGUUGCACAAGGCUCGAGAGUUUCCCAGAAAUAGAAGAGGGCAAGAUGGAAUCUCUAACGGAUUUGGAUAUACGACAAAGUGGCAUAAGAGAAUUACCUUCAUCAAUUGCAUAUCUUACUGGGCUUCAAAGAUUGAAAGCAAAUGAAUGUGAGAACCUUACAGGUACAUCAUUACAUCAUAUAUAUGGGUUGCAAGAUCUGAUUCAAGCUCAUUUCGGUAAGUGCCCAAAACUCGUGACAUUUGGGAAUCAUGAGGUGCAGUUUGAUGAAGUUUCAUCUUGCAACUCUAUCACAUUAGCCCUUCCCAACCUAUUUGAUCUUGAUUUGGGAGGAUGCAAUUUAUCAAAAAGUGAUUUCCUUGUGCCUCUUGGUUGCUGGUUCGCAUUAGCAAGCCUUGAUCUGUCGAGAAACAAUUUUGUUAGUCUUCCGGAUUGCAUUAACAAAUUUGUCAACUUAGUGAAACUUAGAUUGAGUGGUUGCAGGAGGCUUCGAAAAAUUCCACAAGUUCUUCCACCAAGCCUAUGUGACUUAUAUCUGGAUGAUUGCGCAUCAUUGGAGAAAAUUCCAAAAUUGCCCCCGAUGCUUGAGCGUCUGGAGUUGACUAAUUGCAUUAAACUAAGUGGAGAUGAAGUGGCAAAGUUGAAAAAAAAUUGGUUGAACGAGGAAUCUUUUCAGCGCGCUGAAUUGCAAGUUAUUCUGCCAGACACUGAAGUUCAAAAGUGGCCCAGCUAUACCCCUUGACCAUCUUACAGCCACUGAACAUCUAUCAGAAAAUGAAUUUCGUUUUGAAAGUCCUCUACAUUUUCAAGGGGAAACGUUAUUUGAAUUGGCUCUAUCUGUUGUUCUUGGAGCACGAACUAAUUAUUUUGAUAAUCUUUAUAUUCUCAUCAAGGGAAUACAAAAGCUUGUACCUUAUUCAUGGGAUGAGAUGAAAAUCGUGGCAACUCGUGUGACUCGAGUCAGUGGAUUUAGACGAUCACGAGCAGCAUGGAGAUAUUUGUCAAGUUAUAUUUCCUUUCCCCAACUCUGCACGCAUUAAAGUUAGGCAUUAACUUCUUAUUCUACUGUCUUGCGUUUGUCCUCCUAUUUUCUUGAUAUGUUGGUGCAGCCUUUUUCAUAGACGGCUUUUCUGUU